AAUAAAAAAUGUAAAUGAUGGUUCAGAACAAGCAUUUUCCUUUUUCGAAUGAGUGAUGCUCCCAUUGGUAAAUAAGCUCACAUUCGUAGUUUUCAGUUUUGACACUUUCUUUGGUAGUAAAAUUAUUCUUCAUUCCUCCAGAGCAAGUUAGGGUUCAAACGGCGAAAUGAAUACCUAAAUUUUAUCUGCUUCAUCACCUGAGAUUACAUUGAAAUCUCGAAAAUGGACAAUUUUGGCCACAUCCCUCGAGAUGUGAUUAUUGAGAUCUUGUCAAGGUUGCCUGUGAAGUCUCUGUUGCGUUUUAAGUGUGUGUGCAAAUCAUGGCGUUCCAUCAUUACCGGUCACAGUUUUAUUUACGAGCAUUUGAAUAUGGCACUUGUGGACUGCAAAAGAGCUCGUCUUCUCAUCAUGCAUAUCGAUCCUCAUACUCGGGCAACAGUCUUCUCCUUGUUCACAAAUGAACAACUAAAGGCGCCAAAAAAUUUAAGAUUUCACACAAAACCUCAGGGACAUUUCAGAAUUAUGGGACCCUGCCAUGGUCUAUUUUGUCUUUAUGACUAUUAUGAAAAUUUUUUCCUGUGGAAUCCAGCAACUCGAGAAAUCAAAGAUAUACCCAAAACUCCCACUCGUCUUCCAAGAGAAUUUGUUCACAAACCCAAUAAUGCACUAUACGGGUUUGGUUUUGACUGGAAAACUAGAGAUUAUAAGGUGGUCAAAAUGCUAUGGAGUGAUUAUAAAGGUGGAGGUGGUGAAUAUCAUGUUUAUGUAUAUACCUUGAGUACAAAUUCUUGGAGAAAAAUUGAUGUUGCUUUGCCGACUCGGGUUUAUUACUCUUUCAGUUAUUAUAACUCAGCGUAUGUGAAUGGAACUUACUAUUGGUGGGCAAGGUUGUUUAUUGUUUGUUUUGACAUUAGCAACGAGCAGUUAUGGAUGAUUCGCUUGCCUAAACUAGUUUUUCCACCUAUGGAGGGAGAUGUAAGAGGAAGUACUACUUUCAAUGAGUACAAUGGUUCAUUGGCUUUGUUCUUUUUCUUACAAAAUGAAACUGAAACAUGGUCUGAACUGUGGACAUUGGAUAGACAUGGCAUGGCAGUUACUUGGACCAAGCAAUCUUCUGUUGGAUUGUUAAAAGGAUUGUUGACGCCAAUAGGGAUUUUGAAGAAUAAUUGGGUUCUUUUUGUAAAUGAGGACGAAGGUGACACUAUAAUCCCAUACGAUCUCAAAGCAAAAAGUAUGCAAAUUCCUCUUCCUGUUGAUUCUGAAAUAAAGAUUGAAGGUUUGGCGUGGGGAAUGAAAGCUGUAUUUUACAUUGAAAGCUUAGUUUCAUUGGAAGAUUGAUGCAGCCACAAUGGGGAAUGAUCACCCGAAGGCAGCCAGUUAAUUGGAUUGAUCGAAAUGAAGCCUGGAGUCAAGUGUGAUGCUGCUUUUCUGGGCCAAAUGCUGCUGGUACUGGAUGAUAUUUACUGCUGUUUUUUAUGCUUUCAAUUAUAUAAGCACUUCUGGAUGUGUUUUAGUCUUUUGUCAUAUUAUUACUUUACAGUGUUUUAAUACCCAGAGGAUUGGUUUGUCAAAUAAAUAUAACUUUUUGUCAAA